UUUGAUCCCGGGUCUCCUGGGUGAAAACCAGGCAUCCUAACCACUGAGUCGUUUUAUUCACGUAGACUACAGCGGAUUUCUGUAAUCUGUCAAUGGUAACGAUUAAAUUUAAAACAAAGAUUCUUGUUCAUUCCAAGCAUCAUUAUAGUGUCAGUGUAAGAUCCAUAUUUUUUAGCAAUUACGAUUAAAAUUAGUGUUUCCUAUGAACAAGGAACAAUCAUCCCGUCUCUAUCAACCUGUACCAGUGCAAAUUAGCGGUAAUUACGACAGUAACAUGGCCGUGUGGCGGAGCCAGCGACCUACCUUUGUUUCAAAUGUUACUUUAAAACAACCUGUUCUGCUUAGAGGGGAAGGAACACAAAAGCUUUUUUGUAAAAGAUGUAGCUUUGUUGCCAACCUUCUAGUGAAAGUAGUUCGUACGAGAGACUUGGGUCGAUACCAAACUUUCUGUUUGAUGAGUUACAAUCAAAAAGACCCCUCAGUCCCACAAGUACGUGAGGGAUUUGUUAAUAAUAUAAACUGUAAUAUUAUUGGGGCGAUACAAGCGCACCGAAUGAGUUACAAGGACAUUGGUUUCCUACAAAAGGUUGCGAGGACGCUCGGUUUUAUGUUUUCUUUGAGAAGAAGAAUUUCUCGUGGGAGUGUCUUACAGCUGGAAAUCACGGGUUCGCUUCCUGAUGCGUUAGCUUCUCCUCUUGACGCGUUGUCAGUAACUUCCAUUGUAGAAGUGACCAGUAACAUAAGGAAGGCAGCACACGAUCCUCGAAUAGCUGCCUUAUUUGUGAAACUUGGACCCUUAUCUUGUGGUUAUGCAAAGGUAGCAGAGCUAUGUCGGCACUUUGACUACUUUCGUCAAACGGGAAAGAAAAUUAUUGGUUACAUGGAAAUUGGUUCUGAGAAGGAAAUCCUUUUGAGUUUGUUCAUGGACGAAUUAUAUGCAGCUCCUGAAGCGGGAAUCAGUAUCAGAGGCUUUAAAGUUUCGGCUACAUUUUUAAAGGGCCUCUUUCAAAAAAUUGGUCUUGAGCCACAAGUUGAAAGGCUCGGUGUGUACAAAUUUGCUGGUGAUCAGUUUUCAAGAACAGCAAUGUCCAAUGAGCAACGAGAGGUUUUGAAAAAUAUCUUACAAGCUGUUUAUGAAAAUUUUAGAAAUGAGUUGUCAACUUAUCGCAAUUGGUCCCAAGAGAAUGUCGAUCAAGUAUUGAAUUCUGCUCCAUUCCAGAUGUCCGAUUUGAAAAAUCUCGGUUUUUUCACAGAGUUAAAAUACGAAAGUGAAGUUCUUGAUCUUUUAAAAUUAAGAUAUUGUCGUCGAGGGAAGGGGGUAUCUCCAUCCGACUCAAUGGAGACGAAAGAAAAGAUUUUAAGGAAGCCUUUUCGUUUCGUCAACUCCAAAUACUAUUCACGUGUAAAGGCGAAACAGCUUUUCAUUGAAGGUAAGCGAAAAAUUGGAGUAAUACGUGUGAAUGGAACUAUCGUUUCUGGUGAUGGAGGAGAGAAUCCCUUGAUAGGAAGCACGGUUGGUAGUAACACGCUUGUUUCUCUGAUUCGUCAGGCUGCAGAAAAUCCAAAGUUCGAUGCUUUUAUUCUCAGAGUAGAUUCACCUGGAGGCUCUGCACUAGCUUCUGAUAUCAUAUGGGCAGAGCUGUUACGGCUUCGCCAAAAAAAACCUAUUGUUGCAAGCAUGAGUGAUGUUGCAGCAAGUGGAGGAUAUUAUAUUUCUAUGGCCUGCAAUCAUAUAUGUUGUGAGCCCUUAACCCUUACUGGCUCCAUUGGUGUCGUCACUGCCAAAUUUUCUUUGGAAAACCUCUACAAGAAGAUAGGAUUUGUAAAGGAAACAGUUAGUAUAGGGAGAUACGCAGAGGUGGAUAUCGAGUCACGCUCAUUUAAUGAAGACGAGCGUCAGUACUUUAAGAACAAUGCCCUUCACGCAUAUCAAAACUUUGUUUCGAAGGCAGCGAAGAGUCGUGGUAAAACUUAUGAAGAGUUGGAUAGUGUGGCUCAAGGAAGAGUUUGGUUAGGAUUUGAAGCAUUGCAGUUGGGACUGGUUGACAGCUGUGGAGGGUUUUGGAAAGCUGUUGAAGUUGCCAAAGUACUUGCAAAUAUAGGCGAGCACGAAAAUGUCCAGUUGGUAGAGUUGCGAAGAUUUUCUUGGUUUUCUAGGCUGGCAGCUUCGUUUCUUAGUUCCUUGGAGUCUUUUGGUUUGUUGCUACCAAAAUAUCAUAAUACGCAAGGAUUGCGUCUAUCACCAUUUGGAGAUGAAAACAUUAAGGCCGUAAUGGAAGCGUUGGAUCUGUUUCGCACCUUCAUGUAGUAGACCAAUAAAGCGUUCUCUAGAAAU